CUGAGGAGCAACACCUGGGGAGCACACACAGGAGAGAGAGAAAACACAAACACACAAAACUACGGCAUGUAACACUGCAUAACUUUUGUCCUGUUUCAGCUGCAUUGUAAGGACAUGGACCUUCGUCUGACACUCCUGUUGAUCUGUCUCUGCAGCCGAGGAGUCACUAAUGCUGAGGUAGCUGACAAUGAGUCAAUUCCUCUGGUGCCUCUCGUUCCUUUGAUGCCCAGUCAACCCAUAGAGCGAGUAGAAAAUGAAACUACAAAACAACCAGAAACUGCGAACACCACAGAAAAGCCUUUACUUGCUGGUGCCCUCGGGGGCUCAUCAGCGGAGGAAGAAGAUGAGAGCUGUACGUCCAUCAGUCGAAGAUCACAGUCCAGAGAGGCCAUCGCCGCAGCCAUUCAAAAAUUAGGAGUGCAGCUGCUGCAGAACCUGGAGACAACACCAGAGCAGCCAAAUGUCAUUAUAUCUCCUUUCAGCAUAGCAUUAGCUCUCUCCCAGCUGGCUUUAGGGGCAGUAAAUGAGACGCACAAGCUGCUGAUGCAUCACCUUCAUGAUAACACCCUCCCCUGCUACCACGAGUCCCUGCAUAAUGUCUUAGUUCAUCUCAGGCAGGACCUGCAAAUAGCUACCCGUAUCUUCCUGCGCCAAGGGUUUGAGCCAAAACAAGAGUUUGUCAAUGAAUCCCGGCGGUUAUAUGACUCGGAGCCAGCAGUCUUGGAAAGCCUGGAGCAGAUAAACAAUUGGGUAGCGAAUGCAACCAACGGGAUGAUGACUGACUUCCUCUCUGCUUUACCACCCAAUCUGCUCGUCAUGCUCAUCAAUGCUGUCCAUUUCAAAGGAGAGUGGAAGGCUCGCUUUGACCCGCGAUUUACCACCAGAGGCGUUUUCUACCUUGACGACAAGAACAUGGUUGAUGUUGAAGUGAUGGAAGAUGCCAAACAUCCCUUGAGUUUAUUUAUUGACAAUGAACUGGAUGCUCAGGUAGCAAGCUUCCCAUUCCAGAAGUCCAUGAGCCUCCUGGUGGUCAUGCCUUUUUCGGGCCAGGUGAACAUGUCUUCUUUCAUUGCAAAGCUUAACGUCUCUGACCUGUAUAAUCGUCUGCCAAAGCAGAGGGCCGUUCAGGUUAAAGUCCCCAAAUUCAAACUGGAGUAUGCUCAAGAGCUACGGGAUGUUUUUACCAAAUUAGGCCUUGGAGAGAUGUUUUCUAAUCCCAACUUGGCUGACAUGGCUGACGGCCCCCUGCUGGUGUCUUGUGUGAUGCACAAGUCCAGCAUGGAGAUAAAUGAGGAGGGUGCAGAGGCUGCUGCAGCCACCACCGUUGUGAUCUCAAGGGCAUCCAACCCCAUCUUCCACCUCACCCAACCUUUCUUCUUUGCACUUAUUGAUGAAAAGACUCAAGUACCAAUCUUCAUGGGUGUCAUCAACAACCCAAAUCCUGGAGCUCCUUUCUUGGAGAGAGGAGAACCUGGAAAUAAAGAUAAAGUGGGAUUCCCAAUUGAUAAGAAUCAAGAAGGCUUAUUGGGAGGCCCACCCAAGUAGGGACUAAUAUCCGCUCUGAUGUACCAGAGAAAGCCCAGACCAAGACCUCUACGAUUGUACAGUUGAAAUGUACUAUACCACUGGAAUGAAAUGUGUGAAAGCAAAUGCUUCGUGUGUCUUUUUUUCCCUGCAGAAUAAACAUCUGAGGAGACCAA